ACGAUAAAAAAUAGACUGGUCCAGACUUCCAUGUAGUCAAACUUAGGUCGAGUCUGUUAGGAGUGUGUUAAGAGUAUUUUGGUAUGCUACGAGUAUAUGUAGUCUAUGUAAAACUGUAAUUGCAAUCCAACUCAGUAACAAUGUAGUCCUCAAUCUCAUUUUUCACGUUUCUCUCCCUUUUCUCUCCCUCUCUCAACUUCUUCUUCUUCUCUCAUCUCUGGUUCAAUAAUUCUUCUUUCAAUUUUUUCUACAUUUGAAGAUCAAACUUUGAACUUUCUCUAGAGUAAGAAACUAAGAAUAUAUCACUACACCAAUUUUGUUAUCAGACAACACUUUUUGACGAUGCUGUAGAGUGAGUUGGAAAAUGUCAAUAUGAUAGAUAUCAAGGAGCCGGAGAAUGAGGAGGGGGCAGAAUAUGUGGAUUUGACGAUGCGUCAACCUACAUUAAAGUCAAACGUAGCUGAGGUUGAUUGCAAGUUGGCAAUAGGUUCUGUUGAACAUAUUGUUGCUUAUGCCACUGUUAUGGAGUGCGAGGAUCCUUCCCAACUCGUUCAUGGCACUCCACUAGGGGAUGGUAAUGUGCGUGUUUCCAUCUAUGCCGCGCUUGAGGAGAAAGCAAAAGUGCCAUUUCCUGUGAAAGAUGAAAUUGAAACAGUGAAGCAGGCUAUGGGGAGUUGGGUCGCAUGGCCUAAACACCUAGUCAUAAAAUCUGCAGUCAAGUUAUUGAAUGUUUGCAAACUUUCAUAUCUACUGUGUCUGAACAUAUAUAACAAAUUAGUGUUCAAGAUAUAUGACAUUUUGUAUGUAUGUAGUGAUCAUUGGGUGUUGACACUUGUUGAUCCGGAGAAAGGAACUGCCUAUUUUAUGGACCCACUGAAAAGACGCUUACCCACAGGAGAUUGGAUGUCUAUCGUGGAUACUGCUAUGCGUAUGUAUAUUUCUGAAAAGAAUAAGCAGAGUCGGAGUUCAGUCCAUUGGAAAAAUUUGGCUGGCAUUCCUCCCCAACCUAACAACAAGGAGUGCGGGUACUUUAUCAUGCGAUACAUGAGAGAUAUCAUUGAGGAUAAAGACAUGUCAUUGUUUCCUUCCAAGUGGGAGAGGAGAGGCAGUAGCCAAUACACCCAGGUAGAUAUUGAUCAAGUGCGAAAUGAGUGGGGGAAGUUUGUUGUCAACACAUAUGUGCACGAGUCAUGAAGUAGCACACUUGUUGCUGGUACAUUUUAGAUAAGGAAAGCAUCUUUUUUGUGCUUCUCUGCUGUUACAUUGUCAUGCACCAUGUGU